GAUGUUUUUGUUAAGAAAACUUUUAUUAAAUCUAUGUACAAGUAAAUAUUUAAUUCAAAGUAGAUCCAGCCCAAUUUGGCCAUUGCUGAAAUCAACACUCUUUAUUUCAAUCUUUUAAUGGUUUACCGAGAAAUGCAGAAGGUGCUAAGAGCCUACGGCGAGGUGCUACGGCUGGUGCGCCGCCUGCCGGAGGAUAGCAGGCCUUACUACGCCAAAUUCGCCCGUGAAAACUUCGUCAAUUAUCGAGAAGUCGACCCCAAAGACGCUGCCGCCGUCCAAGACCUCCUACGCCGCACCUACAAUCAUUCUCUUUGGGUCCUCAGCAAGUAUGGUGUGGAUGAAUCUGUGGCGGGAAAGCUUAAAGGAAUCUGCUCUGCUUGAUCGGUUUGGCUUCUGCCCACCAACUGUUUGUUAAAAUAACUAAGCGGAGUUCUGUUUUGUUGCUUUCUAUGUUUUGGGCCACGCUUAUUGGGCUUUGUUUGGAAAACUGUAUGGGCCUCCAAUAUGAAGAGGAAAUUAUUUAGAUUGAUAAAUUUGUAUCAUUGCGUUCAAUCUCGAUUAA